AUGGGAGACUUACCUAGAGAUAGAGUUGUAAUAACUAGACCAUUCGAAAAAAUAGGACUGGACUUUGUAGGUCCAGUUAUCACCAAGCCUAAUUUGAAAAGAUCUAGAGUUAUGUUAAAAUCAUACAUCGCGAUAUUUAUUUGCUUUAGUACAAAGGCUAUUCAUCUAGAAGUAGUAUCGGAUUUUUCUACUGAAGCAUUUCUAGCAUGUCUUAGAAGGUUUAUUGCCAGACGAUUUAAACCAUCCAUUGUUUGGAGUGAUAACGCUACGAACUUCAAAGGAACGAAGAAUGUUCUUGAUAAACUCUUUAGAAUUUGUAGAUCGGAUCCUAUUCAGCGCUUUAGUUCCGAAGAAGGUAUAACAUGGAAAUUCAUUCCUCCUUCUUCCUCGCAUUUUGGCGGGUUAUGGGAGGCUCAUAUAAAAUCAAUGAAGAGAGUUUUGACAAAGGUCGCGAAAACGACAAUUUUGAACUUUGAAGAGCUGUAUACAUUAAUUACACAAAUAGAAGCCUGCUUGAACUCUCGACCUCUAUCACCUAUUUCGGCUGAUCCAACAGAUCUUCAGCCUUUGAUUCCAGGUCAUUUACUAAUAGGAGCUCCAUUUUUGUCGAUACCAGAACCGAAUGAUUCUGUAGAUUCUUUGACCUUGUCUUCUAGAUGGACUUUAAUUCAAAAACUAAGAGCUAAUUUCUGGAACCGUUGGAGCGUGGAAUAUCUUAAUUAUUUGCAGAAUCCGCUUCAAAAUGGAAUCAAGUGA